GCACCAACGCCCAAUUAGUAGACGAUCGGUCGUUCCGCGGCUAUAAUGUUUCCGAUUAUAUUACUUCUCGUUAUCUGCGGUCUCGUCUUUAUCUAUUUAAGAGGCAAAUACAAUGAGAACUAUUGGAGAAAACGCGGUGUAGCUUUCUAUGAGAAGAACAAAUUUCUCGGCAUUUUCUGGGACUUUUUCACCACCGACAAGGCCUUGUUUGAGAUCCUCAGCGACCUUUACACCAAGUACGAAAAUGAGCCAGCCGUCGGAAUCGGAUCCCUCAUGACUCCGAGUCUCUUCGUGAUUGACCCACAAAACGUCCAGCAUAUAACGCAGACCGACUUCCAAUCCUUCAACCAUAGAGGAGUAACCAUAAACGAAGGCGAUCUGUUAGCUGAUAACCUGCUCUUUAUGAACGGUCCAAGAUGGAAGCUGAUGAGACAGAAAAUGACGCCGCUCUUCACUGCGACAAAACUCAAAAACAUGUAUUAUAUUAUGGAUAAAAGUGCGCAGGAUUUCGUGGCACAUCUAAAGGAGAAUCCGGAGAAAUUAAAAGGUAACGGUUUUGACAUAAUGAAUGAGUUCUGCAGCGCAGCCAUCGCAGCCGCCGUGUUCGGGAUCGGUACGGAAUCUACAUUCAAGUCGCCAUUCUUACAGAUGGCAAGAGACUCGGUUAGGGUCAACUGGCGAACUAACCUUAGGUUCGCGAUCAUCAAUACCAGCGAAACGUUAUCCAGAUGUAUAGGUUUAAAGGUGUUUAAAGAGCAUGAACCAUUAUUUAUUGACGCAAUAAAACAAGUGUUAAGAGCUAGAGAAAAGGAGAACGUUAAGAAGCAUGACUUCGCUGAUAUUUGUGUAAGCUUGCAGAAGGCGGGAACUAUGAAAGAUAAUGAAACGGGCCAGGAACUUGAACCCUCAGACGAGCUGCUCGCCGCCCAAGGAUUCUUCUUCUUCAUCGCUGGCGUCGAGCCAACCGCCAGUGCCCUGUUCGGAGCACUCUGUGAACUAGGCAAAAACCCGGAAAUCCUAGAGAAAGUGCAGAAAGAAAUCGACGAAACUUUCGAGAAACACAAUGGAGUCAUCACAUACGACGUUAUAUCCGAAAUGAAAUACCUUGACCAAGUCUUAAGCGAAGCGUUAAGAAUGCAUGCGCCUAUAGGCUUCAUAGGCAGACAGUGUGUUAGCGAUUCAGUGCUUCCUGUUGGGAAUAUAAAAGUGUCCGCAGGCACGAAGAUAUACAUACCAGUUUACGACAUGCAUUACAACCCAAAAUACUUCCCUGAGCCUCAGAAGUUUGAUCCGGAGAGGUUUUGUGCGGAGAAGAGGACGGGUAGUGAGGCUUACUUGCCGUUCGGGAAGGGAGCGCGGAUUUGCAUCGGGAUGCGGUACGCGCGGCUGCAGGUGCUGGCGGGGCUGAUGCACCUGCUGCGGCACUACCACGUGGUGGCCCAUCGCGACCCCUCCAAGAGAAAGUAUGCCAAGGGACAGUUCCAGUUAAGACAGAUCGAUACCGACAUUGAGCUGAUACCUCGAGACAGAUAGGUACAGUGUAUCAACAACGGACGGUUCAUGACAGUCAUUCAUUCAAAUCGCUUGUUUACAAAUAAAGUAUAGGUAUAGUUAGUUAUAGAUGGUCAAGCAAAUAUUUUCGGCGCGAAAUUCAAAUUUUCUAUGAGACGAUAUCCCUUCGCGCCUACUAUUUUCAAAUUUGCCGUCUUUUCUACUGACAAGAUCUGAUUGACCAACUAUAUGAGUAUGUUACAAUAAUCUCAUAUGUUACAUUUUAUAAAAUAUAUUCAUGGCUGUUAGUUGACAAAUUAGGUAUUUUUGAUUGAUCUAGGAUUAGUUAGGUAUAAAUCUUGUAAAUGUUUCGGAAGGCUGUUAGCAUUUUAAGUCGUAUAUAUUAAAUAUAUACCUAAAUAAUUAAAUAUAUAUGUUUUAUAGGUCAAUAAAAAUGUCCUUAUGGAAAUAAUUGUAAAUAUAAGAUUAAGUAGGUACCUCAUACUUGAAAUCCACUAUAUAUACUCUCUAAAACUUCGAGGCGGUUUUAUAAUUCGAUAUAUAUAUAUAUAUAUAUACACAUAUAUAUAUGAUAUAUGAUAUAUGUGUAUAUGUCUUACCUAAUCAUAUAGCUGCGCUUGGAAAAUUGUCAGAGGGUAGGUAAUAAAAGAGCGUGUUCUGAGUGUGUUUA